UCAGGAGAAGAUUGAUUGCCUGGCAGUGGUCAGGAUUGCAGAUGAAUUCGUCGUGCGAGUUGAGCGCUCAGCGUUCCGAUGACGAGCACGUAAGAUGAUGGGAUCACCACAACGAUGGCACAACAUCCGAAAAACUUCAGGACAGACGAUGGGAAGACGGGAUCAGGAAGUCGAUCGGGACGCGAUCUCGAGGACAUCAAGAACAACGACCAUGCGACGUCGUCCACGCGUCAGAUGUGUUCGUCGUGGGCAUCGAAAGAUCUUGACUGCGAAAGCCGCAAGCUGAUGCCAUUUGCUGACGUCAUGCAGAAGAUGAUGACGUCAGCAUAUGUCAAUCGUGUGCCGAUGGACUCGUGCGAGAAUGAAGAGGCAGAAGAGGAAGUGGAUGGGCGAUUGCAUUCCGAUCUCUUCAGGAAGAUGGGGAAAGACGGGCCGAAAAUCAGGGAGGAAGAAGAUGUGGAUGGGCGAUGCGAAGACGCAGGGGCUUGGAAGAGUAGAGGGGCCGAGCACUGGACGGAAAGGCGACUCACGGAGAAACCCACUCCGCUGGUGGUUCCGCCCCCGCAUGGGGAGGAGCCUCGAAGGACGACGUCAAUACCAGUUAUGGCGACGAGUCGGGGUGGUGUCGGUGGGGUGGAACAACAAGGGGCCCAAAACUUGUGGUGCGACUACAACAAGCGUGUCUGGUGUUUGGACUGGGCAUGCCAGAACGCCUCCAUCCUGACAACAGGACGAUGCGGGUCAGUCUUGUUCGUCGCCGGUCGCAGUGAUACGACGCAUCUCGCAGGGUCCGUCGUCGAGUACGCCGACGAAGACGACGACAUUUUAAAGUUUACCUUGCGGAAGCUUUACAGAAGUGAUGGUUCCGUCGACAAACUCGCGAAAGGAUGCAUGGUUGCUGGGAGGAAGUUCGGGGGGUAUGGAGCGGGUGCGAUGGCUUUGCCCUUCUUUGUCUCUUUUUCGCCAGGCCACGACGAAGCCGUUCAUAUGAAAGACUUCCUCAAGGUUUGGGCGGCUUCAGUAGACCCUGGCAGUGGCAUGGACGUCAACCCUGGGACAUCGAUACGUCGUCCUGUUGGGUUCGCGCGAGAAGACAGUUUUGGCAAAGGUGUGGGAGGGGAGGGUGGACUGUCAGGUACGCCUCCUGAUCCGGCAGUGGGCAUGUCGAACGACUCCGAGGACGAGCGUGCGCGUUGUCGCACUUUUUCUAGUCGGAUCGCUUUAGGCGACCGGAAAGCCAACAGCCUCAACAGGCUGUCACGCAGGGUUUUGUAUGUGAUUGCAAUAAAUAAAAUAAAUUAAAUAAUGCAAGUCCCUUCAUGUUGUGUGCGUCCGGCUUCAAGCGAGACCCUUCAAUUGCGGUCUUUGACGGUC